AUGCCUCAAGCCUACCUCCCAGGUGAGCCAUUCGUCAGCAGCGAAAGUCUUUUCAACGCUCUCGGCAAAGACUAUGAAGACGUCUUCGGUCAUGACGCCGGCCUCCUCCGUGUCGUCGAGCGCUUCAUCAGCUACCUUUCACCCGAUGCCCGCGUGCUCGAUUGCGGAUCUGGCACAGGCAAGCCUGUCGCCCACAUGAUCGCUUCAGCCAAUCGGUCUGUUCACGGUAUCGACCUUUCAGAGGCGAUGAUUGAGUUGAGCCGCAAGCAAGUCCCCACUGCAACAUUCGAACAGUGCAAUAUGCUCUCUUACUCACCCCCUCCUGGAAGCUUUGGCGGCGCGACAGCAAGUCUAUCGCUGUUUGAGCUAACGCGGGCUCAAUUGACGACCAUGGUAGCGAAUUGGGCUCGGUGGUUGAGGCCGGGUGGGUAUUUACUGAUCGCGACGAUGGGCGCAGAGGACGUUGAGGGCACAAGGGAGGAGAUGUAUGACGAGGAUGGAGAGUGUGCUAGUGGUAUUCCGUUUACGUUCAUGGGCAGUAGGGUGUACUUGACACUUUUUACCAAAAAAGGGUGGGAGAGACUGUUGGAGGGAGCGGGUUUUGAAAUUGUGGAGACACAGAGGGAUUUAUUUAGCCCGCCAAAGGAGGCGAAGUGUGAUGAGGAGAAGCAUUUGUUCUUGAUCGCAAGGAAACGCGUUGAGUGA